GAGUCUACGAGAAAGGCGAGCUCUAAGCGGCAUCCAAACCCUAUUGCCAGCGCCGCCGCACCUCGACCUACCCCCCGUCCUCAAGGAAGAAGGCACCAUGUACACGGCGAGGAAGAAGAUCCAGAAGGACAAGGGUCUCGAGCCUUCCGAGUUCGAGGACUCCGUCGCGCAGGCGUUCUUUGACCUGGAGAGUGGACACCAGGAGCUCAAGAGCGAUGUCAAGGACCUCUACAUUAACGCGGCCUUCCAGAUGGAUGUGGCCGGGAACAGGAAGGCGGUUGUGAUCAACGUGCCAUACAGGCUCCGCAAGGCUUUCAGGAAGAUCCACGUCAGGCUCGUCAGGGAGCUCGAGAAGAAGUUCAGCGGCAAGGAUGUUGUUAUUGUUGCAACAAGACGGAUCGUGAGGCCACCCAAGAAGGGUUCCGCUGUUGUUCGCCCUCGUACCAGAACGCUGACUGCUGUGCAUGAUGGUAUCUUGGAGGAUGUUGUAUAUCCGGCAGAGAUUGUGGGGAAACGUGUCAGAUAUCACCUUGAUGGCUCAAAGGUUAUUAAGAUCUUCUUGGACCCAAAGGAACGGAACAACACAGAGUACAAGCUGGAGACCUUCUCUGCAGUGUACCGCAGGCUUUGCGGCAAGGAAGUGGUCUACGAGUACCCAGUGGCUGAAACCGCUUGAACGAAUAGCCUGGCCCAGUGUUUUCAUGUAUUGAAUUUGGGCUUUCUUGACCGAGCUCUUUGUCGCUCUGAUUAUGUAUUUGUGAAAUCAAAACUAGUCUCGAUAUUAAGGUACUAGCUGCUCGCAAGGUACGCAAAAGAUGUCGAAUUGGAGCUCCACACUCAGUUGCAACCGUUCGAUUAUUUUGCAUGCUUUCACCGUUCUCUUUUUCUCA